AGAUGCUACAGACACUAAAAAUUUGAGCCAAGAGCUCUUUGAACAUUCGGUUGUAACAGACACCGAAUCAUUUCCAUACAUGGCAGCCAUUUUGAAAAAAUCUGUUUAUAUUAGUGCUGGUGCUUUAAUAGAUGAAAGUUGGAUCGUUACUGGGGCUGAUUCUUUAUACACGUUACAUGAUCUCUCUCGUGUACUGCGCGUGCGUCUCGGCAGCAUCAACUAUAAGAAAGGAGGGAUCCUCUCUCCGGUAAAACUGUUCCACAUCCACCCACUCUUCGAUGAUAACCAGCCGCAGUAUGACGUUGCUCUCAUCAGGUUGGCGGAACCAGUUCGAUUGACGCCAAGAAUCAACCCUAUACAGAUGUUGAAGAGGCUGCAUGAUGUAGUGGUGUCGCAUUUCAUUGUUACGGGAUGGAUGGCUGCACAGAAUCACAAAAUCACAAGCCACAAAUCAACGGAGAUCAAACGGCGUCGACUGCUAACUGUAUCGCACCUACAUCCUACAGAUGUGGAUGACUGCUCUGAAGAACUGGAAGUUCAGGGCAUUAAUAGUACUGGAGUGAUGUGCCUGGAUACACCUAGUGGAAGCGAUCCUUGUCUGAGGGACAUAGGCGCUCCUGUGGUCCUGAACGGUAUCCUCUGGGGGAUCAUCUCAUCCUGGAGAUCAGAAGACUGCGACGUGGAAGCUGGUGCCACCUUCGUGACCCUGGUCUCUCAUGUAGACGUCAGCUCCUGGAUCCAUGCCACCAUACACAGCCACAAGUGGACCAGGAAGCAUGUCGUUGAUUAUGAUGAUAAUUUUAUUUAGCUGAAAGAAAGAAAAUUAUGUAUUGUAAUAAAUAAAAUAUAGUAAUGAAUAGAAUGUUUUGUUAGUAAAUAAUACCUAGCUUAUUAAAAAUUGAGUACAGUAAAUGUCUGGAAGAUAUUAUGAUGCAGGUAUGGCAUUAACUUUUAACAAAACAACUUUUUUAAAUAUUUUUUCUGUCUGCCAAUUAAAUUGUUUAAACUAUA